AUGGCCGACUCCGACUCUUCCUCACUGUCUUCUGCACCAUCCUCGGACGAUGAGGAAAUGGCUCAGAAAAUGGCGUUGAAGCCUACGGGAUUGGAUCGAUAUUUCAAGGCGGCACCCAAGCCUGAAGCCACCCCGGAACCUCCCAAACGCGCACCCUCACCUCCCCACGAAUAUACUUUGGCCGACAACCCAGCGAUUGCCCUCAUUGUCAUGUUCAGAAGCCGAUUCAGCGACGUGUUUCCCAAAUCUCUGCCGAACUACGGUCCGCAGGACAUUGAGAGAGGGGUUUCCGGAGAACUUCCCGACGAACAAGUAGAGAGACUAUUGUGCGCGCUUUUGGGUCUUGUCAUGAACAGAAAGAAGGAUGUCGAACGUGGACACUAUGGCCGGGCACUUGACGACGCGAUCUCUGCGAACCACAGCCAGUGGCCGAUGGAGUGGAAGGGAGUCAACCCUCUGCACGGAGGCAAAAAUUUCAACAACAUGAGCCCGGAAGAGCGGUUGAGCUUGCUCAAAGCCCUGAUUCUUUGGUCGCUUAAUUCCUCCGAAGCCGUUCAAGCCCUUAUCAAAGAGUCCUACAAGCAGACACGUCGAGACGACGACCGAAACCAGCCUCGAAGCGUCCAACCUUGGUUUUCAGACCAAUACCGCCGAAAGUACUGGCUCGUUGAAGGACAGGAUGAUUCGCAUUUUCGAAUUUACAGAGAAAAUGACGGCAAGACCGCAAAGACAAACACGUGGUUCAGCGUCGCUGGUUCCAUUCAAGAUGUUAUCGCCCUGGCGGAUAAGUUCGCCGACGAACAUAGUUCCAAUUCGAAAGUGAUUAGUGACAAGCUACGAGCGGCCAUUCCAAGAUUCGAGGCUGGCGAAGAAAAGCGCAAACGUCGUGAUUAUCGCCUUGCCCGAAAGGCCGCCUUUGCCCGCCCAGAACCUGGAUUCUCACUAUAUGAGGGACGGACGCGAGGAAAGAGAAUGAGAUAUACAUAUUCCGACGACGAAUAUGGGUCGGAUGGCCUCUCCAGCAAACGAUCCACGCGUCAUUCCGGCAUCUCUACCCCUUUAGAGACUGGGCCCACCGUCACCGCCAGUGGCAGGCAGGUCAAGUCGAGGGUGGGUGGUCUGUACGGUGAGAGCAUGCUGAUUGAUCAGCGCAAGGAGUUAGAAAGAGCUACGGGCGAAGGCAAUUUCACGGAGACAAGUGAUGACAUGCCCGCCACUAUGGCUGCUUCGCGUGAUAUAAGAACAUCAAGGUCAGGAAGACAAGUCAAGCCGACCAGACAUGGUUAUGCCGACCAAAUGGACUCAGACGAGAGCGAAGAGGCUCAAUCUUCAGGUAGAGAAUGGAGUGGAAAUGAGGACGAGCCAGAUGAGUCAGAACCGGACUUUGACAGAGAGGAGGAGGACGACGAUGAGGAUGAGGAUAUGAGUGAAGAUGGACUCGAGCCGGACGAGGUGGAGGAGGAUGAGAAUACUCAAGAAAGCUUGGUUGUGCAGUUGCGGUAUCGGAAGGACGCCCAGACACCUACAUCCACAGCAACGGCACAAGCUCCGCCUCCUGACUCUCCCCAUAUAACGAACAGAACAUCAACGGUUGUCAAUGGUUUGCAGCAAGCGCAAGCUCAGGCCACACCGAGGUCACUACGGCCCCUGGGAGAAAUGAUGGAUACAAUCGAUUUUGCACCAGGAAACAAGCAGGCUGAUAAAGGGCAGCAACAUUUACUGAACGGUGUGAAGACGACAGAUCUCGAUUCUCCUCGACCGCCUCCGGCAGUUCAUGUUCCAAUUCAGCCCAUGGACAUAUCUUAG